AUGAGCGUCGUCUUAUUGCGUGAACAUACUCUUUACUUUCUAGCCACAAAUGUUCCAACCACAACAAUUUUUUGGUCAUUUGAUAAUAAUACAAACGAUUUGUAUGGAGUGUAUAAUGGUCAAACAAUCAACGGCCCAUCGUAUGUCUCUCCAGGUUAUGUUGGUUACGGCUCAGCAAUCGUUUUAAAUGGAUCAUUAUCCCAAUCCGUUACUGUUUUCACACCUUAUUUAAAUUUUGCUUUUCGGAGUCUUACAAUUGAAGCAUGGAUUUAUCCCCUAGUAUUAAGUGGCGAUAACGAUUUAUUUGGUCAGUGUCAAUGUAAUACAUGCACAGAUAAAUGUCUCUUUUUCAUAUUGAGAAAUAGCUGCCUUUAUAUGGGAUUUUAUUCCGAUAACUUACAAGGAAAUACCGCACUAAGAACGUAUUCAUGGUGGCAUGUAGCAUUUGUUUAUGAUUAUUCGUCAGCACAGCAAACAGUGUAUAUUAAUGGUAUUCAAGAUGGAACAAGAUCAGGUGGACCUUAUCUUGGAACAACUGGAAAUAUAACAAUUGGUACAUCUAAUAUUCAAUCUCCUUAUAACUUUUUUCAAGGUUAUAUUGAUCAAUUUUCAGUAACAAACAGAGCAAAAAGUGCGCUGGAAAUCCUAGACGAUGCAACACUUGUCGCACAUUAUUCCUUUGAUUCGGGGUCAUUAUUAGAUCAAGGUCCGAACGGUAUUAAUGGUACAGGAUUUGGUAUUACGACAGUAACUGGUCGUGUCAAUGAAUCUCUAGCAUUUAGUUUAGCAGGUACUGCUUAUUUUCAAGGAAGUGGCUUCACAGCAUUAGCUGCUGCGAAUCAAUCUUACUCAUUCUCACUAUGGAUAAAUCCAAGUUCAUUCAACAGCACGAUUGUGCAUCUAUCAAGUUUGUCUUGGAGCCUUUCGUUGAUGGUACUGAUGGCAAAUGGUCAACUAGUAGGACAAAGCUGGAAUGGUAGUUUGGUUCGUGUAACUGGUCCCGUUCUGUUAUCAAACAUUUGGACACAUGUUGCUGAAACAUACAGUUCUACAAAUGGUCUCCGAUUAUAUAUCAAUGGAACAAUAUACAAUUCAACGGGUUCAUUUUAUUAUGCGGCAAGUACUCUGCCAAAUUAUGUUACACUGGCAAAUUAUAAUAAUGGAUCGAAUAGUACGACUUUUGGCCCGUUUCAAGGUACACUCGAUGAAUUUUAUAUUUACAGUCGUGAAUUAAAUUCGUCCGAUAUUAGCGUACUUGCUAAUCCAUAA